GCCUCAAAAAAGGGUCAGAAAGUUCCCAGGGGCAGCAGCUAAAGCCGUGGAUUUGAUUAAAUCUGUCUGCAAAGCUGGCAUGGCUGGUAACUCAGCCAGCUCUGCUUAUGGGAUGAGGUGAACACGUCUUUUGGUGUCCAAUGGCAGCCACAUGCACAUGUCCAAAUGCAGGACUGCCCAUGAAUUGACUAUAAGGGAAGAUAAUAAUCUUCAUCUAAACAAUUCAUAAAUUUUUUGUUCCUUUUUUUUUUGUGUUAUUAAGCAGCCAAAAUCUAGGCAUAAAGAAACAGUUGAAAGUGCUUUACCUGGGCCUUUUUUGCUAUUUCAAAAUCAUGACAACAUGUGUCUUUAAAAAAAUAAAUGUCUGAAUUUCUCUUGCUUCCCAAAAGAACAUUAAAUUCUUGUUUAAUGUCUGUCAGGUAAAUACAGAUAUAAAACUUCUUUUAGACUUGUAUACCUUCCUUUCUAUUCAACAUUGGAACAUAAGGAAGAGUAAAGCUGGAGUAAGGCUCCCAUAACAGCCUUCUCAUGCCUCCUCCUUCCCAAAAUUCUGUAACCUUCCUGAUCUCUGUUACUCUUCAGUUACACAUCACCUUGCACCCCUCCUAUCCUAUUGAUGUGGCCACUUGUCCUUCACUCCCUCUUUUCUUUUCUUUGGGAAUGAUUUUCUUUUCUUUUCUUUUUCAGGCUUAUGACCUCAUAUAAUUAUUUUUUAAAAUCUAUUUCAACAGAACACAUCACAGGGGAACAGCUAUUCUCUAAAGCUGUUCUCACAGCUCCUUUGGGAAAGGCAGGAUGAUGUAUUUGGCCAAGGAAUAUACUGUUUUGCCUUCUGGCAGAUGCCUUUUGAUUACAAGACUGUUGAAAUGCUUUGAGGGCUGCGCUCCUUUCCUAACCAUGAAUGGUUCAAAAUCACCAGGACUGGCUGGAUUUGGAGUCUUCAAAAACACAACGUGCCACACGGAGAAGAAGAUUUCCGUUUUCUUUUCAAUAAUCUUCAUGACGGUGGGAAUUUUGUCCAACAGUCUGGCAAUAGUGAUUCUCAUGAAGGCAUACCAGAGAUUCAGACAGAAAUCCAAAGCCUCCUUUUUGCUUCUUGCCAGUGGUUUGGUUGUCACAGAUCUCUUCGGUCACCUCAUCAAUGGAGCCAUUGCAGUGUUUGUGUAUGCAUCAGAUAAAGACUGGAUUCGAUUUAACCAGUCCAACAUCCUGUGCACUGUUUUUGGCAUCUGCAUGGUUUUCUUUGGUUUGUGCCCACUCUUCCUGGGCAGUGUGAUGGCUGUUGAACGGUGCAUUGGAGUCACUAAGCCAAUAUUUCACUCUACAAAAAUGACUUCUAGACAUGUGAAAAUGAUGUUGACUAUGGUAUGUCUGUUUGCUGUUCUUAUAGCUUUGCUGCCUAUUCUUAGGUUUAGAGCCUACCAAAUUCAAGCAUCGAGGACCUGGUGCUUCUAUAAAACAGAACAUGUUGAGGACUGGGAAGACAGAUUUUAUCUCUUACUUUUUUCUUGCCUUGGGUUCCUGGCUCUUGCUAUUUCAUUCCUGUGCAAUGCUGUCACAGGAAUUACCCUCUUAAGAGUCAAAUUUAAAAGUCAACAAAGACAAGGCAGAUCUCAUCAUUUUGAAAUGAUCAUUCAGCUCUUGGCUAUAAUGUGUGUUUCUUGCAUUUGCUGGAGCCCAUUCCUGGUGACGAUGGCCAGGAUCGGGGUUGACGAGGGUCGCUCACAGGAGACCUGUGAGACGAUCCUUUUCGCUCUCCGAAUGGCCACGUGGAACCAGAUUUUGGAUCCCUGGGUGUACAUCCUGCUCCGGAAGGCUGUUCUUAAAAACCUCUACAAGAUCACCAGCGGCUGUUGUGGCGUGCAUGUCAUAAACUUACACAUGUGGGAACUCAGCUCCAUCAAGAAUUCUCUGAAGGUUGCAGCAAUAUCAGAGUCACCAGGAAGUUCCAAGCAGAUAAACCUCCAGCCUCUCAGCUCUAUGGGACAAUGAAGUUUAACUCAGUCUGUGAAGAGAUGAUGGAGGCAACGCUCCUACAUGGGCAGUACCUUAAAAUGAAUUCCAAGGCUCAGUGGUUUGGCAUUUGUUUUAAAUUGUGAGUGGUUUGCUAUUGUUGGUUACCAGUUUGAUAUUGCUGCUCCAAAAGGUGCCCUUGAAUGUUUUAAUUCACUUUGAAUACAUCCCUUCCAAAACUGGUAGUGGAAUGUUAAAUCUGUAUUUUUCCCUUCCAUGUACUAAAGGGAAGAGGGCUCCUUAUAACACUGCCCACCAAACCUUUCACCUUAACAGGCUUCUUACAAGUGCAGAAGUGAUCUCCAAGGUGAUUUUUAAAAGGGGUAGAUUUUUUUUCUACCAGAGAUACUCUCAAAUCCUUUGCAGAGUCACUGUUUUCUAGAAUAAAGUCAAACCUCCUUUCCAUAAGGGUAUUCUGUGCUUGUAGGCAUUGAAUUUACCUACUGUACAUAUAAAAGACAUUUUGCUUAUGCCCAGUUUAUCAAAUGAUCCACUGUGCUUGGUUCAUUGACUUGACCUCUUAAUUAUUUACUGUUCCAUGAAUUUUUGGGAGAGCUGCAAACUCUGCAUCAGUGUUAGUGCUCCUUUCAAAUCACUGACAAAACCUGAGGCUCCCUGUGGGAACACAGAGGCAGAUGAGCUCACCUUCCUUUAUAGUUAUGUUUUGAGGUGUACUGGUGACCUUUUAGUCCUUUCAACAAAUGUUGAAAGGAGCAGGCAUAAAGCAGUGGUUAGUCUGUGAAAACAGUAGUUUUCCUCUCCCUCCCAAACUGAAGGAUGGUUCCAGAAGCGUUCCCCUUGUGCAUGUACUGAAAUACUCUCGUGGUACAUCUGCCUCAUUUGUAAAAGGUCACACGUGUGUCCUGAAAAUGGAUGUGACCAAAUGAGCACCUCUGCAGGGAACUGCUCUGGGGGCAGGGUUUUGUUUGUGCAAGAAAACUGAAGGCUCAGUUUUUGCUGGGUCUGUGUCUGAAGAGCUGAGAGCAUUCAAUAACUUGAAGGUACCAGGAAAUUUUCAGGACAGCUUCACAGGGAGGGCCCUUGACCUUUAAUGCUGCUAAAAGAAGCUUUGGUUUUUGUGACUGUAUGCUGUUCAGAAGCCAAAAAUAAGAGAUAUUGUUUUAAGAUAGGUCUAUGUUAUUUUUACCUACAACUAUAUUAGUGAAGUGAUGGUAUAUUUGAACAAAGUAGUUAAAACCGGAUUCAUUAAGAAGACAGUCUGAGGGACCAAAACUAUUCACAAAGUACAAAUUCGUGUUGUAUGUGAGAAUAGUUUGUAAGUCAGAAAAUAAAAAUCCAGAAGGUUUAAAUAUUUCUUUUUUUUUUUUUUAUUUUAAAGCGAUUUCCUUUUUGUUUUAAAAAGGUUGAAAAAUAAGUGGGUUAAAUAACCCUGUAAUGAAAUGGCUUUAUUUACCUUGAAGAAUUUCUGUGUGUGAUUUUUUUUCUCAGUCAUAGGGCAGAUGGACAGAUUUGAUGCUGGUGUAAGUUCUGCACUGUUGCUUCAUGUGAGUUCUGCUGAAAUCUGGAAGCAUUCAGUCAGUGCUCAACUUGGCUUUUUCAUUUUGUAGAAUGUGAUGUCAUUGUAUCUGUUGACAUAAAUUAUUUGUUCCUUAUGGAAGAUUGUUGUUUUAGCAGCUGCAAAAUAAUGUUGGUCCGUAAAUUGUUGAGAUAUUUGGUAUUUCGGUGAAUGAAGCUUGAAAAUGUUCCAUUUUAUUGUGUGAAUAAAUGUAGCUUGUGUUGUUCAUUCUGGUUGCCUUGUAAAACAACAAAGCAAAGUUUAUAUGUAUAUGUGAAUUCUUAUAUUUUGUGUACUGAUACACAUUGAAUGUAAAUUGCAAAGCCUCAUUAAAGUUACCAAACUGUA